CAGAGGGAGCUUAGCGAGGGUUUCUGUCGGCGCAGCGGCGCAGUCAAGGCUUGAUCCCAGUUAGAGCGCGUUUCCUGUGGAUGUCUAUGAUGCUGUGCCAGCUCGGGCAGAGGUGUGUGAUGGAGGUGAUGGUGCUCACCAUCCUGUCCUGGGUGUCGGUGUCAGAGGAGAAGAUCAUAUUUGACAGACACGCUGUCUACUGGAACAGCUCCAACCCCCAAGUAAGUGAAGAGUUCUGGCACGGAGAAUACAGGGUGGCGGUGAGCAUCAACGACUACCUGGACAUCUACUGUCCUUACUACGAGGGUCCCCCAGCCCACGGUCGCAUGGAGCGCUACAUCCUCUUCAUGGUCAACCACGAGGGCUACACUUCCUGCCAGCACAGGAUGCGCGGCUUCAAGCGCUGGGAAUGCAACCGCCCCAGCGGUCCUGAUGGACCCCUGCGCUUCUCUGAGAAGUUCCAGCUCUUCACCCCCUUCUCCUUGGGCUUUGAGUUCAGGCCUGGACACGAGUACUACUACAUCUCGUCUCCUCACCCAAACCAUGUGGGGAGGGCAUGUCUAAAGCUGAAGGUGUAUGUCAGACCUCCAGAUGGAUCGGGAUACGACUCCCCAGAGCCCUUCCUGACUGACGGAGGUUCGAGCUGGACGCCUGGGUCCUUGGCCCUUCUACCCAUCCUGGCCUCACUGCUCCCAGGACUCUUCUCUUGGCUGUGA